AUGGCGACCUCCUCCUCACAAGAAUCAACAGCCUCCGAGUGCUCUGCUACGGAAACCAAAGAGGAAUGCCAAAUCAACAUAUCCACGCCGGCCGUUGUGGCCUGGCGAGGGGAGCACACGAGGCUCAAUCUGCAUCUUCAAUAUGAUUCGUGUACGAGAACGGCCUUUUUCAAGUUCAGGGACAGCCUGGUGCUCAAGUCACGGCCAUCAAGCAAGACGUAUCUGUACCUGUUCCUCCCGCCAGAACGGAUCCAGACCUUGGCUCUCGACGAGUCGCCCAACCCUGAUUCUAUACCUCCGACCACAGCCCAAUCCCUUGGCACAGCAUUCUCAUGCCUGCGGUUCAUACUGCGUUCACCGGCCGAUCUCAUUGGGCUCAGGGACGUGGCCUUAACGCCCAAGAACAAAGUGGAAGGCCAGGUCUUGGAUCGGUUAAGGGCACUCGCCCGAGCUACUGCGCUCGAUGUCUUCAUACCACAUCAGCUGGCCUCAAAGGAGCAUCUACUAUCCGUUUGUAAUGGCAUUCGUGAUGGCUUGACCUCCCGUCCUGGGCAGGCCGACCUUGCCUGUAUGUAUGAAGGCAGAGGUGGGAUGAAAAUUGCUGUUGGCAGCUCGGAAACGGCGCUCGCCCAGGACGGCCAUCCUCUUCAGCCAAGUGGCGAAGCCCCGCCGUCAUACAGCGAGACCGGCCCAAGUUCUCCAUUGGCAGCCGCCGCGGCAGCCACAAAUCUCUCGGGACCAGCGCCUAAGAAACGGCGGCUUGACACCUCGGAGCCUGACGAGAUGCGGGCGGACCUAGUAGCUAUCAUAGAAGCCACGUGCCGGAAGAUGGUGCGCGAGGAGGUGAAACAAGAAAUGCAUGCCCUGGAGAAGCGCCUGACGGACAAGAUGGAGCUGCUGGCCGAGGAGUAUGCCGAGAGGCAGGGCGACCGCCUGGCAGAAGACCUCGCAGGCUCGACCCAAGCCAUAGACGAAAAAGUGGAGGAUGAAUUUUAUGGUCUCAGGAUGAGACUGGAGGAUUUUAUCAAGGAGGAGAUGGCGGAGGCGGAGGAGAGGAUGGUUGAGCAUCUGCAGAGUACGGCAAGGGUGCAUCUGGACUUUGGGCCAUGAGAAUAGAUUUUUAAAUUUUUCUAUUUUUGUCAAGAGAUAGAGGUAAAUAUUGGACAAUGGAGUCAUCCUCCUCCU